AUUAUCAAUUGAUAUACAUGGGUAUUUUUCUAACCUUAUUCUAUAUUAGCUAGGUAAAGUGCUAAGACAAAGAAGGCAGUCUCCAAGACAGUCUCUAAAGCAGUUAAAAAGUAAGUUGUCAAGAAGGCUACAAAAGUGAUCUAGAAGAAAGUGCCUAAAAAGAUAGUUAAGAAAGAAACCAAAAAGGUUGUACCUGCAAAAAAGAAAGUUGUUUCUAGAAAACCAUAAAAAAAUAUAGUAGUUAAGGCAGCUCCUGUUAAAAAGGUAGUGCCUAAAAAAGCAAAGGCUGUUGCUCCCGCCAAAAAAUAAGUUUCAAAAAAAUAAAAUGUCAAAGAAUAGAAGGAUGAUAAAAAGAAAGUGUUAAAGCCAGUUGCUCCAAAGGCUGAUGCUUAACCCAAAGUUCCAGUCAAAUUUGCAGCAUACACCUUAGAUUAAUAUUAAGCUUAUUAAAAGGCAAUCAAGGAUUGGUCAUCAAAGACAAAUUAAGAAAUAAAGGAUAAUUUAAGAAAAAACUUAUAGAGUAUGUCUGGAAACAAAGAUGAAUUGUUGAAUAAAAUUGCUGAUGGAAUAGUUUUAGGGUCAAUACCAAGAUGUCCACAUUGUUAUGGUGGAAGACCAAAAUACAAUUAAUCCACAGGAACGUAAUAGAUUAAAACAUAAUCAUAGUUAUUUCUGUGUUGGAUAUAGAGAUGAUACUGAUUUUAAGUUCUGCAAUAAAACCAUAGCAUCUUUGGAUAGAACUCCUUGGGAGCUUUGAAUUAUCAAAUAAAAAAAUACAAAACAUUAUGUUUGCGCUAAGGUACUUCUCAAUAUAUAUAAUGAUUUUAUAGUUUCUAUCCCCAUCCUAUUCCAUCAUAUUCCAUCCAAUUCCACCCUAUUCCAUCCAAUCCAUAUCCCAAUUUACUUUAAUUCUAUCUUUAUAUAU